CCAAUUCUGUUGCCAAGAGAGACCGUUAGUGAGUACUGGGCCCUCCGGCCCUGGGCCGGUGGAUUGGUGUACGGAGGAUUCAGAUCGGACUGGGCCUUCGAAGAGGCGAACCCAAGAAAGAGGAUGUCAGCAGCAAGGAAAGCCAGCUUGUUAAAUGCCAGCCACUUCGCUAAUGAUUUUUUUUAUGAUUCCAGCGAUGUUUCCAUAGAAGAUAUGAGGAUGAAAGAAACUCAGAAUAGAAUCCUCAAAAGUGAAGGCCUUGCUAAGACACCAUUUAGCCAAAGCAGAUUCCUAAAAAGGAAGCAAAAUGCUGAUGAAAACCAAUUUUUCUUCAAGGGUAGUAAUGUAAGGGAGAUGGGGAGUAGGACCUCUUUAAGCAGAUCACUGACUACUGCCUCCAAGAUCAGGGCUAAUGCGGCUUUGAUGAAACUAGCACAAAUAGAAACUAAAAUCAUGAGCCGAAAACUGCAGGUUGAUUCGUCUGACACUGAUACGGAUGGGAAGAGUGCUGAUGAUAUUUCUUUGAAUCAGAGGGUUGAUGCCUUUUCUCUGAAGAAUGUAAGUGAUGUUCCCUGGCAAUGCAGGGAUAAAUUUCCCAUUGCUGGUAGCAAUGAAAGAGGGAGUCGGUUUCUGAAGAAGAAAGGUCCAACCGUUGAAAAUAUAGCCAGUACAGCACAGGUUGGAAAUGUCAAGAGUUCUCGACCACCAAAACAGAAAAAGCCAGCUGGAAAGCUGGUUUCUCUGGAUAGUGAUGAAGAGGAAAUGAAAUUGUUGCUGGGAAACUUCGUGAAGCCUUUCAGUGACAAAGAGAUACCUAAGAAUGCUGUUCUUAUGAACGCUAAACUUAAGGAGGAUGAAUAUAAGGCACUCUCUAUGGAUGAGAUUCUGAGUCCACCAGGUCCACUUUCUCCACCCAGUGAAGAAUUUUCCAGUCUCAAGCUUUUUCGAACAUUAUGCCUGCCUGAGGAAAGCUGUCAAGAAACAGCCUCCCAUGAUAGCCCUUCAAGACCUCCUUCCCCACAGAGUGGCUUUUCAGCUAACAAAACUUCAAGAUCACCAUCACUUUCAAUAAUGCAUUAUUUUUCAAGGCCAACCUCCCCUAAAAUGGAACAUAUAAAGCUAGCAUUCUCACCUGAGAAGACUGAAAUUGGAUCAUUGGAUGAGUUGUUCUCUGAAGCAUCCAGUGAUAGCUUAAAUGAUUUUAAAAUAAAUAUUUUAUCCCUUGAUGAUUUGGCUCCAGAUGAUGUCAGUGAGAAAGCAGAACUCAGACAAAAAGAAGAAGAUCAUAGAAUAAAACAGUCAAGCAAGGAAUUAAAAACAGAUGUGUCAGUUGUAAAAAAUAUACAAAGAAGAAAUGCCAAAGAGAUGAGCCCAGAGACAAGUGUGAACAUUACUUCUAUUGAAACUGAAGAGGAAAGUCACACUGCAAGUGAAAUAUGUGAGGAUGUGAAUGAGGAGUCUGUCACCUUUUCGAGAGAGGAAAGUAUUUCCAGCAGGAGGUCACCAUCUCCUAAACCUCAGGAGAGUACUAUAAACUCAGUGUAUUCUGAAGAUUUUGAAAAAUCUCCAAGUUCAACAGUAUCUGGGCAGACAGCCUACUCCCAAGAGUCAUUAGACAAGACACUGGAGUCUUUGUCUGAGAGCCCUUCAUAUUCUCAAAGAGACCUUCCCACAGAGUCAGGAGAGCCUGGUCAAAAAUGGAGUGAGAAUGUAAGAAGACUCUUAGUGAAAGAAGUGGCUGUUCAGACUUACGAUCCUGCAUUCACCUACAGCUGGACAAAGGAGAGCAUGGCGACCAUUGGCCCAAGUCUCGGGAGAGGUUAUGUGGAUCCUGAACCUAUUGCCAGUCAUGUGAUUAGUGCAGAUGCACUAGAAGCUCUGACAGCCUACAGUCCCGCAGCCUUUGCUUUGAAUGAUAUGUUAAAACAGCAGCUGACAUUGACAAAGCAGUUUAUGGAAACCAGCCGGUAUCUGCAUUUUUCUCUCCUGAAGUCCCUGGAAGAUGACACAUUCCAUUACCAUACAUUGGAAGAAGUUAAAGAGUAUAUUAGGAAGCACAAGUCACCACCACUGACAAUUGAGAAAGCUUUGGAGGAAGUUGUGAAGGAAAUGUCAGAUCACUGAAUUGAAUCCAGAUUUGCUUCCAAUAUAGAAAAGCGCCAGAAGAUUAUGAUCUACACAGAAACAGUCUGCCAGCAGGUCAUUCAAAAGGGAAGAGUAAUCUUACGGGGGAGUAGGACUCCGAGAUCGGGAUCGGCGCCUCCUUCCUGGGGAGUAAGACUUCGACCUGGACCUGGACCUGGACCGUGAUCUGCUGCGUGAGGAACGGGACCGGCUUCUGCUCCUGUAUCACAAGAGUGUCUAAAUUCAGUUACUCUUUCCUCUAGAAAAAGUGAAUGUGAACAUCCAGCCUUGCAAAUCAUGAAGGGGCUCUACUUCAUGAAGAAAGUCCCAGUUCUGACCUACCUAGACCGAGAGCGUGAAUAGGAUCGAGAACAGGAGCGAGACCGUGACCUUGAGUAUGAACCAGAUGAUUUGGAAGAUCUUGAAUUGGAUCGUGAAGAAGAACGACCUCUACUUUUAGACCUGCUACGGGAUCUAGAAGGUCCACUGCAAAGAGAAUUUUUAGUGAGCAAAAUAUUCUGACAGUUCUAAUAUAUCUAUGCAGCCACACCCACAAAAUACAAAUGUUUAAACUUGCCCUAAAUUAAACAUCGCCAGAAAACUAGUGACAUCUCACCUCUGAAGGAAAAAAAAAAAACAGGAGACAUUUUCAUCCAGUCUUGAUGAACCUGAAUAAACAAAUCUGAAUAGAGGCCCUAGUGAUGCUAAAAUAAACAACCUAUUUCUAAACCCAAAUUGCUUCUUUCUUCGUACUUUAGACUCUAUAAGUAAAUCAAUUUCCCAAAGACAAUAUGGAGGCUGUAGCUUCAGCAUCUAGAAGCAACACUACUACUUUGUGAUUUUAAGAAUCUGCAAAAAAAUGCAAAUGUUGAUUUUUUUCCCUAAAUAUUAACACAACAAGUAGUCACAAUUCAGCCCGAUCUAUUAUUGUUGAAGGUAGCUUAAGAAAAAUAAGGCAUACAUUCUAUUGUAUCAGCAAGCCCAUUACAAGAGAAAAAUGGUACUGACCUUGGUAUUAUUAUUUUAAAUAUGUUGAUGGACCCAAGGAGUACCAUUUGUUUGAACAUACGAUUCAAGGCAUCAGAAAUUUAAAAAAAAAAAAAUUUGUCUUAAGUUCUCACCUGUUUCUCUUUUCCUGCCCUUUUCUCCUCCUGGCUCUCAUUUUUGCUCUGAAGAACUCAUACAGCCCAUUCUGUUCCCAGCCUUCACUGUAAGACAUGUAUGUUUUCCUGAACAACUAAUUCCAAGCAUCUCUUCUUCAGAUGCCAUAUUUAAAAAAAAAACAAGCUUACGGAAUGGGUAUGCAAAAUCUGAAUCAGAAGUCCCCAACACCCUAGGCCAUGCCAUAUUAUCAUUCCUAGCAGCCCCAAAGAAAAUCUCUAACAGAAACUUCUACCAUAUUGUAGUCUGAUGAGGAACUAGACACUCUUUGCUUCAAAUACUCUCUUAGCAAGUGACUGCAGUAUCAAAUAACUCCUAAUUUUUAACAUUCAAAGCAUUAUUCAUCUUUUCUCUCAUUACAAUGAGAGAACAAAUUAAAUCCAGUUCAACCAACUAUGAAGUGACAGUAUUGUAUGGACUCUUUGGAUACAAGGAUCAAACUAUACUCAAGCAGAAUGCUCAGAACAGCAAGAGAGAUUCAGAAGGGAGGGAUUUAUUUUUCUCUUGAAUAAGGAAAGAUUUCCUGUAGAACAUAGGACGUGAGCUAGGCUUCAAUGGAAAAUUCCAUUUUGAAGCAUGGUGGACAGCAAAUGCAAAUCCAAGGUAGGGUAAAGCAGAAAGAUUGGAAAUAAUGAAUAAUCCAUUGGGUGAAUAGAAGAAUGAAAAGAUUAGGGAAAACCAUUGGAGUUUCAGCUUAGUUUAACAGGUGUGGGGGAUUGUGUGAAGGGUUAAAUGCUUUUAUACCUGGGGCUCAGACCUGGCUGAAUUAAACCUCUCUCUUUUG